GGUGACUUUUCGUUUCCCCCACGCCGAGGCGUGUCGCCGUGAGUCACCGCCAGCUGAUCAAAAUAUUAUUGUGUCAUCCUAAAUCACGCCAAUAAAUAAUUAAUGUUUUAGCUCAAUUAAUCCUCGAAGAAUGGCCUCUGCUUUAACCGACAAAGUUCAACAGCGGCGAAGCCGCGUUCUCCUGGGGCCCCUCCCCGAAGACUUUCUGCGCGUCAACGUGUCCGUUCAGCAGCAACAGGAAGCCGCGGAUCGCCAAACGGCCAUAGCUUUACACCACCAGUUGACUGGGGGCCACUACACCAACGCCGUCGGAAGACUGAGUAUCACCGUUGCUCAAGCCAAACUAGCUAAAAACUACGGCAUGACCCGAAUGGACCCCUACGCCCGCAUCCGAGUGGGGCACUGCGUGUACGAGACCCACACCGACCCCAACGGGGGCAAGAACCCGCGCUGGAACAAAGUGAUCCACUGUUUGUUGCCCCACGGAAUAAACACCAUUACUCUAGAAAUCUUCGACGAGCGUUCGUUCACCAUGGACGAGCUCAUUGCGUGGACGCAGUUCCAGAUUCCGCAGCAGGUCCUGGCGGGGGAGACGCACGAGGACUGGUAUCCGUUGAACGGGAAGCAGGGUGAAGGGGUGGAAGGGAUGGUGAAUCUGGUUUUAAGCUACUUAGGGUUUCCUCAUUAUAAGUAUCAGCCGCCGGCGCCGGUCAUGGUGGUGCCGAGCGUGGGGGGCGGCAGCGCCGUGACGCCUCUGAAGGUGUUCACGGCGCCGCCGAGCGAGGUGGCGGUGCCGGCCUUGAGCGAAUCCGAGCUCAAGCAAAUCGAGGAGAUGUUCCCGAAUAUCGAUAAGGAGGUGAUUAAGACGGUGUACGAGGCUAACAGGGGGAAUAAGGACGGCACGAUCAAUUCGUUGCUCCAAAUGGCUGAAUAAAACUCAUUUUAUAAUACUAUCGCCAUAAUUAAUCUUUAGUUGCGUAAAAUCUAGUCGUUUAGCUUAAUUGUUUCUUUUGGAUUAAGAAUGGACCAAAGGGAUCUGAGAUUUUUAAAUUGGAUUUUUUUAGAUUGAUCAAAGUGCCAAAAUAGCCGCUUUGUAACGAUUUGAGUAGGUUGUCUUUGCGUAAUUUCAUACUGAGUACUAUAACAUUUCCAUUGUUAGGUUUAAUGUGUUGUUAUACAAUUUAUCUGAUGUGUUGAAAUUAAAGAUAUUGUUACAACAAUAAACCGUCAUUGCAU